GGUAGUGUAGAUGGAACAAGUAUCACACAAAAUUUUACUUGUGGAUUAUGAAAAAUAUUAACAUGGAAGGGGUGUUGCAAGGUGUGCACCCUUGGUCUCCUUGUGUUGUGCAGUGGAGCGCUCGAGUUUGUGACAUGGCCUAACCAUCUCCUGUGGAUUCUAUAAGUCUAGUGGUUGUAUCAAGUAUUAACAGGGUGAUCUUUUGGUGGAAUGGCUACUGCAUUUGUAACAAGUGGUAUCAAAACUUGGUCACAGGAUCAAACCCCCGAUUGCAUUGGAGAAUAUGGUGUCGAAUGUGGAUCGUGCUUCGCAAGAAGAAAGCGAUUCCGUUAUGGUUGAACCUGCUCAUGUUCAGGCUGUGGUGUUCGAUGAGAUAACUCCAGAUUCAACUGAAGUUAAACAGUCGACGGCACCAGAUCUCCGACUAGAUCAAUCUCCUGUCACUAAUAAUAGUAAAUAUGCUACUCAGGUGACAAUGGCGGUGGCGUUCGCGGGAGGAAGCUUCGCUGUCAUGUCCCAAAUCCCUGGAGGUGUGAAGAACGUGGGGAGAGCUGUUAUGGAUAACACCAUUGGUUUCAACCUAUUUUUGGUCGCAAACAUGGUAGCUCUUCACGCUUCGCUGGCAGUUGGUAUGAUUGUGGCCACUGUGUCGCAUAUAUCUGCAGAGAUGGAGUACUUGAUCAGCAUGAGUCUGUGGGCAGCAGCAGUGUGCUUCGAUUUGACAUUCCAUGCUGCAUUGUAUGUGGUGUUGCUCCCCAAACACAGGUGGAUUGUGCUGUGCUCUGGUGCUGCAGUUACAAUAGCGUUGGCAUGCCUGCUAUUACAUCGCUUUUACACCACGCUCUACCAAGUUUCUGCGAUCUGGGAUGGCUUUUUAAGGAGGCCAUUUUUCAAAAGACAGCAGGGGAUGGCAAGUCAAAGAAAAAUUAUACAGUUAAAUAUAUGAAAAAAAAUUAAUAACGCAUUUACUAUACAUUAUAAUUUUUUUAUAUAACAUUA